UUUUGUCCACCCAGAUACCAAAAAAACCCUGUUUCAUCCUCACCGUGUGGAGUCUCUCUGCCAGGCAGCAUCAUGGAUAUGAGUAACGUCUCAUCCAAAUACAAUGACAUCAUCACCAAAAGUCUUCUGAUCUCUUCAGGAUCUCCUGCCGUCUACCAGCUGACAACACAGAAGGAGAAAUUUGGAACUCUGACAAGAAAAUCUGUUGGUGAGAGAAACCUGAACCAGACAAACAAAACCGUCUUACUUGUAGGUGAAACAGGAGCAGGAAAAUCUACUCUGAUCAACGCUCUGUUCAACUACGCCAUGGGAGUGAAGUUUGAAGACAACAUCUGGUUUGAGAUCGUAGAGAGAAGUCAGUCAGAGGGUCAGACAGAUGAGGAUGAGGAGGAAGGUCAGUGUGACAGUCAGACAUCUGAUGUGAUCGUGUACCAGAUCUUUGGUUUCGAAGGUAAAACUCUGCCCUUCUCUCUGACCGUCAUCGAUACUCCUGGAUACGGAGACACCAGAGGGAUCGAACACGAUGUCGUCAUCAGUCAAAGAUUGUUUGACUUGUUUCGUUCAGAAGACGGAGUUCAUGAACUCGAUGCGGUGGGUCUGGUGCUGAAGGCGAGCGAGAAUCGACUGAGUGACCGUCUGAAGUACGUCUUUGAUUCAGUGAAGUCUCUGUUCGGGAAAGACAUCGAGAAGAAGAUCGUCGCUCUCAUCACAAACUCGAAUGGAAUAACACCUCAAGAUGCUCUGAAAGCUCUUAAAGUCGCGAGCAUUAAAUGUGCCAGAAAUGAGAGUGAACAGCCCAUCUACUUCCUGUUCGAUAACUGCCAGAACAAACAGAGAACAGAGGAAGAUGAGCUCGCUUUAGAGUACACGUGGAAGGUAACGGAGAGAGGAAUGGCUCGAUUCACAGACUUCCUGAAAAGAUCUACACCACAGAUGCUGAUAACGACAGUCGAAGUGUUGAGAGCACGCAUCAGACUGACGGCCUGCAUCAACAACCUGCAGGACAGAAUCCAGCUGAUUGAACUAAAACAUAACGAGAUCCAACAGACCGAAGACAUCCUGGAGAAAUAUGAACUACAGAUGAAGUACAAUAAGAAUUUCACUAUAGAAUACGACGAGGCCUACAAAGAGAAAGAAACUAUCAAGGGCGGGAAGUGGCUCUGGAUUUUUUACGCAGCAGCUGUCACCUGUAACGUCUGUGAAGAGAACUGUCACUAUCCUGGAUGCACAAUGGCCUGGAGUCCUAAAAGCUGUGAGGUCAUGAAACGUGGUCACUGCACUUCGUGUACCAGGAAGUGUCCUGUAACAGAUCAUGUGAAAGAACUGUGGAUAUAUGUGAACAAGACCAGGAAAGUUAAAAAGACCUUGGUGGAGUUGAUGCAGAAAUAUGAAGGAAAGCAAAAGGAGCGCAAAGACCUGUUGUCAUCUCUGAAAACAGUGAAAGAAAAGCUUCACAAAGAGAAGAAUGUUUUGCUGGAUGAGGCCUACCAACAUGUUAUCAGACUGGAGCAGAUCGCCCUGAACGUUAACUCGCUGUCCACUCAUGUUCACCUGGACUUCCUGAUUGAGAAGAUGAAGGAGAGAGGAGACAAAGAGAAGUGGAAGCAGUUGGAGGGGAUGAAAAACCGAGAGGAUGAAUUAUUCACAGCAGCGCUGCGGUACAUAUCAAAGACUUCAGUAAACAAGAAACAAGAACAGGAGUUCUGGUUCCAGUAGUUGCAGUAGAGGAUUAGAGAAACCUGGUUCAGAUUUCUCUGCCAUGUAUGUGAGAAACAAAGUUAUUAAUCAGCUUUAAAACGAGUUCACAUGUGCAGGACAGAAGACUACAGAUGAGGAAAGUAACAGCAGAGCAGCAUCCAUCAAAAGUCUGAUUGAAACUGAAACUGAAAGAAAGUCUCCUGUAGCAUCUAACGAAGUCAGUUCACUUAAAGUUUAUCAAACAUGAUUGAUUUUCUCAUUUGAAUCCGUUUGUUCAGACGAUGUUACAGAACGUAGAGAGAUGAGAACUCCAGCCCAAGAGGUGGUAAUGUUAGUUUUCUUAAUAAAAAGAGAGAAGCAUUUUGGAUUUUCUAUUUCCAAAGUUUAUCUCUGGGGGGCAUGAAUGAAGUAGUAGAAUGUAGAAUGUAGUGGGUUUUUAAUACCUAUUUAUGUGGUUUUGUAGUGUUUUUUAUGAUGGAAUUUUUUAAUGAUG